AUGGGCGAUUUCUUGACGGCUUACCUUCACGGAAACAGCUCAGUCAUUCGUGUGCAAGGCAGUCCCUAUGGUCCCGACGAUGAACUCGGUAAACGGAAACUGUCCAGCGUACCUGAAUGGUUGCGUAAAGCGCUCGCGUCGAUUGCUAUUGAUAUUCCAUUUCCUGGCACCAAUCACACGGAUCUGAUUCAGUCGCUGGAACUGGAAAAUAUCAAAAUGGAUUUCUCACGGUCAGGCAACCCACUUAUUUCGGGUGAUGCGGUGGCCAUGCUGAAAAAGCCCGAGGAAAUGCAAUUCCCAAUGGAUGUCACCCAAAUUCAUCCAACCGUUUUUAUCUAUCUGCGCCCUGAUUCGGAAAAACCAUUUGCACGACUGGCUCCCGAAGAUCCGUCUCCGGCCACGACACUGGAUGGAGAUAGUGCGGAUAAUGAUCUCCCGUGCGGUACCAUGAAGGUCAUUUCCAAAGUUCACCGGGCUCCCUUCAAAGUCGAACCGGGUGGCGAGAAGGAAUUCGAGCAGUUCUUACACAAAGUGUUUUACGGCACGCGUGCCAAGGUUUACAUACGAGGGGUCAGCGACGCGUCUGUGGACAGUGCUUUCGGUCAUUUAGUUAUCAAGGACCUCGAGUUCAACGGCACCAUUGAUACGAAAGGCAUGGAAGGAAUGGUUGAUCCUCCACCUGCUGUAUCAUCUAUGGAAAUAAUUAAAGGAUAUCCUGACGCUCUACAUGUACAAACGCAGUUGAUGAUUGAGAGCCCAGCGGAUGUCAACAUCAACCUGGGUGCUUUAAACAUUUUAUUGCUUUAUAAGAAUGAACCAAUCGGAAAUGGUUCAAUCGCGGAAUUUAAGCUUGCACCUGGCCGCCAAAAUCGUCUUACUUGCUCCGUUUGGUUACACGGUGAUGACCCGCACUCGCGAAUGAACGUUGUCGAUUUCGUCGGACAAUACCUUGGCAAUGAUGGCAAUACGAGCUUAACUAUUUCAGGUGAUCAUCCCAAUGCCACGCAAGCUCCCCUGCUGCGAGCUUUUUUCAAACAGUUGAGAUUUGUGGUGCAGCCGCCACCUUUCCAUGAAAGUCCCUUGCUGAAGAACGUCCAGAUGAACAUUUUAUCAUCGACCACCGUGAUGUAUCUACAGAACCCCUUCAACGGUGUGCAGCUGGAAAUCGUCAAGCUGAAUGCGUCAGCAAGUUACGGUAUCCAUGAAAUUGGCACGGUCAAAGCGAACUUUGCCGACAAGGGCGAAGGUUGGGACGGACCGAUCGUUUUGCCACCCCCUUCCUGUGAAAACAGUAACUGCACCGAAGUGGUGAUUGAAACGCCAAAGAUUCCUGUCGUCACGAAGAAACUCGGCAUGGACGCGAUUAAGAAAGCCCUGAACGGAGAGAUCACCGUCUCUGUCGAUAGCAAUGUGACCGUUAAUGUGGACGCCUUUGUACUGCAAGAUCUGAAAUACAAGCGCGACAACAUCACAGCCAAAGUCAGAAAGGGCUUCUAA